GCGAAGGUGGCAGCAACAGUCCGAGCACAUUUGGAGCACAUGGCACGUGGUUAGGAACGAGUUUUUCCCAAUAUUGUUUAACGUGUUUAUUUGUUGUGUUACUUCAUGUUAUUUCAAUCUGUGAAUUGCGCCUCCGUAUAGAUCAGCCAUUUUAAAAGGGAACUGGCUGUGUAAAUACUACGAGUACAUUCAUCACUGGCAAUUAUUACUCGUACAAUUGUUACUUGUUUAUUUCCGAUUGUUUAUCGAAUGCUUCACAAUGCUCGCUGACAAUACCGACGUUGCAAAUUCAACGGAAAAAAAUCAAACUCAAAAAGACAAACGCCGUCAUAAUUGGAAGACCGGACAAAAAGGCGAAGUUCGUGGGAAGUAUUUCAACAAAAGCGGCUUCAAGCGCAAAUUCGAGCAACCACAAGGCAACGCAAAGAAGAAGAAGCUGAGCGUAGGCUUGAGACUGAAGGAGUCCGACAUAGGAAUCGCAGAGCACAUCGGCAAGCACAAGAGAUUCUGCGCGAUACUUAAAGAGAGAUUCACCGACUUCCACGUUAAUGAGAUAGACCUUGACGGGCAAGUGGCCAAGCUGAUCCAUCAGGAUAUCCCACCCGUGCCGGACGAUACUGAGACUAUCGACGAUCUUAAGGAAUGCAUAGCUCCAGUAGUUUGGGAGCAACUGCAGGCUCUGAAGGAGGCGACGUUCACGCAGUUAGAUGUAGACGUAACAGUCCUCCAGAAAGGUGAACGCAGAACCAUUCACGCCGCUGCGAAGAAGCUGGCAAACGUUGUCAGCCAAACAGUGGACGAGGGCGACAAGAAGUUUAUCAGGAUCGUAGCAACUGCUAAAAUCCCUGAUUCCGGCUGCAAGGUACGCCGAAGCAACAGAGAGGACUGGACGAAACGCGGUGGCGACUAUUGUCACUUCCUGCUGCACAAGGUCAACAAAGACACCAAUGACGCUGUGAAUCAGUUGGCCGUGAAACUGCGAAUGCGACCGGACAAUUUCGGUUACGCCGGCAUGAAGGACCGCCGAGCGUGGACGACUCAGCGGGUCAGUCUGAGAAAGGUGGACGCGUGCAGCGUACUGAACGCGGCUAGAAACGUGCACGGUGUCUACGUCGGGAAUUUCAGGUACGCCAAGAGCAGCCUGAAACUAGGCAUGCUGCGUGGCAAUCAGUUUAGAAUAGCAUUGAGGAAUGCCAGCGGGACGGACGAGGAAAUCGAGCGGGCGAUGACGUCGUUGCGUGACAACGGCUUCAUUAAUUACUACGGUUUACAAAGAUUCGGUACGGUAGCUAGCAUACCCACGCACGAGAUUGGAAAGCAUCUACUUCAAGGCAAGUGGAACGCAGCCAUUGAAUUAAUUCUGAGGCCACGACCGGGGGAGGGGGAUAGUGAGCUAACAGAGGCCAGACAGAUUUACGCGGACACGAAAGACCCCCAAGCCGCUUACGCCAAGAUCAAGAGACUGGAUAAGCUCGAAGCCAGGCUUCUGAAAGGUCUACAAGUAUCGGGCGAUAACAAUCCCCAGGGUGCGCUUGACUUCAUUCCCCGGAACAUCCGAUUGAUGUACGUCCACGCUUAUCAGAGCCUUGUGUGGAAUCACAUCGUGUCCAGGAGGAUCAAAGAGUUCGGCACAAAUGUAAUCGUGGGAGAUUUAGUUUACGACGAGCGAGAUUGCAAAAAGGACGCGGAGACUGACGAGAUCACGGAUGACUGUCUUCUGCACGACAAUGACGAUAUCAAGGAUGAAACCGAUGAGAAAGAUGACGAUCUGCCGGCAAGUAAGGCGAGUGAGGACAAUUCGAAGCAGCAAGGACCGCGCGGUUUUCCAACGGUAAAAAUCCUUACGGAAGAAGAUUUGCCGAGUUAUACUCUGGUCGACGUGGUCAUGCCUCAGCCCGGAUGGAAGGUCACGUAUCCGCCGUACGCCAAGGCGUGGUACGACGAAUUUUUAAGCAAGGACGACUUACCUACCAAUCUCAAGCAGAAAAAUAAAAAGUUCAGCUUGACCGGUACUUAUAGGAAAAUAUUGGAAAUACCGACAAAUUUGUCUUGGAAAAUUAUGCAUUAUAAAGAGUGGAACGACAAUCUUAUCUUAUCAGAUAUCGAUGAAAUAAGGAAGCACGUGUCUCCACAGGAUGAACCAGAUGGAAAGUUCAAGGCACUGAUCAUAGAGAUGUGCCUGAAGUCUAGCUCCUACGCUACGAUGGCCCUGCGUGAAAUUUUAGAGAAUGACACCUCGGCAGAGACGCAAGCUGGUCUGUCCGCGUCUCACGAUGCGGAGAAUGUAUCAGACACAAACACUACAGACGAAUCUAGCAAUAGUAGCAGUAAGGAUGCAAAUUCUGGAAAAGAUAACGCGGAGAAAAAUCCUGCGGAAUUUGGCGAGAAAUCUACCGACGUGGAAAAAGAUGACGAAAUGGAAAGUGUUUUAAAAAUUUGACUGCUUACUGUAAAAAGAAACUUUUUAUAAAUGCUUUUGCAGGACAGCGAUAUAUGUUGAUACAUAAAUUAUGUAGAAACAUUUUCGAUAAUCGAUAAGAUUAUUUUAUUAGAAAA